AAGAUUCAGAGUGUAUUGAAUGUGGAGAAUCGGUUAGAAAACCUAAAUUGGAUGAUGAUCAUGGAUUAGUAUUCGAUAAGAGAAAGAUAAUUGAUAGGAAUAAUGCAUCUGACAAAUAUCAUAAUGAAGUUGAAGUUGAAAAUAAUGAUACUGAAAAUAAAGUUGCAGAUA